UCAUUGAGUGCGUCAUCGGUAAAACAGAAAGUGAAAACGUGUUCAUAGCCUAUGCGCAGUUUUGCUGUAAAUUUAUUUAGCUUAACCUGCUUCUGUUCGAUCUGCUGAAAUGGGAAAGAUUUACCAGAUCAUGGUGGUUGGAAUAAAGGGGGAGAAAAAAACCAUUGACGUCGCGACCUCGGAGGACGCGUUCAACAAAACCACUGUUUUGCAAUUCAAAAAGAAAGUUGCUGAAAAAUUGCCGGGUCAAGCAGGAGAUGAUCCAUCGUCCCUGAGGCUACUGUACACCGACAAACAACUAGAAGACAACGAUACAUUUUUAGAUCACCAAAUUAAGGAUCGCUCGACUCUAUUCAUGGUCUUGCGUCUACCCGGAGGUUUCCAAACAUAAAAGUCCUUGUCGGAAUCAGCCUGACCUCAAAACCUCGUCGAAAAGACAAUAAACUUUUAAAGAGACAAAUCCAUGUUUUGUAACUGUUCUUGAAAAGGAGGAUACUCCUAAAAAUAUGUUGUUGUUUUUUCCAUUUUAAUUUUCUUUUUUUCUUUUUUCUUUUUCUUUUUUUUUUUUUUUUUUUUGCAUUUUAAUUCGGCUAUGGCUUGUCUUUCUUCUGUAAAGUUAUAAAUGUAAUAAAAUUGUGAAAUGCUG